ACUGGAAAGACUCCUCAUUCUAUUUCUCUAAGCCGACGAACAAUGGCGAGCGCUUCAGGAUAGUAAGGAAGAGAUGAGAAGAUUCCUCUAGAUUUUGAGACACGUUACGAUUUGAAUGAAAAAAAAAAUUAAUUUGAAAUGGUGUACUCGAAUCGAGGCGACCGGGAGCACCGGCAUCUACUGCUGUUUUUUAUAAUUCUCACAGUCUGGGAGACUGGAAGCGGCCAGGUCCACUACUCGGUCCUGGAGGAGGCUAAACACGGCACCUUCGUGGGCCGCAUCGCCCAGGACUUGGGGCUGGAACUGACGGAGCUCGUACCGCGCAUGUUCCGGGUGGCGUCCAAAGGCCACGGGGACCUUCUGGAGGUAAAUCUGCAGAAUGGCAUUUUGUUUGUGAAUUCUCGGAUCGACCGGGAGGAGCUGUGCGGGCGGAGCGCGGAGUGCAGCAUCCACCUGGAGGUGAUCGUGGACAGGCCGCUGCAGGUUUUCCAUGUGGAGGUGGAGGUGAAGGACAUUAACGACAACGCGCCUGUGUUCCCCCAGACACAAAAGAACCUGUUUAUGGCAGAAUCCAGGAUGCUAGACUCUCGGUUUCCACUAGAGGACGCUUCCGAUGCAGAUAUCGAAGAGAAUGCUCUGUUGACUUACAGACUGAGCCCGAACGAGUUUUUCUCUCUGGAUGUACCAACAAAUGACGAACAGGUAAAACCUCUUGGACUUGUAUUACGGAAACCUUUAGACAGGGAACAAUCUCCGGAACUUCAUUUAUUGCUCACGGCCACUGAUAGAGGCAAACCUGAGCUGACCGGCUCCGUUCAGUUACUCAUCAAAGUGCUGGACGCCAAUGACAACGCCCCCGCUUUCGAUAAAACACUCUAUGCCGUGAAAUUACCAGAAAAUAUUCCCAAUGGAACUUUGGUAAUUAAACUUAACGCCUCAGAUUUGGAUGAAGGCUCGAAUGCGGAUAUUAUUUACUCAUUCUCUAGUGAUGUUUCCCCAGAUAUAAAAUCUAAGUUCUACAUUGAUGCCAUAAACGGAGAAAUUGUAGCAAUAGGACAUAUCGAUUUUGAAGAAAGUAAAACCUACAAACUUCGAAUAGAAGCGAUCGAUAAGGGCUCCCUACCACUAGCUGGUCACUGUACAGUUCAUGUGCAAGUUUUGGACGCUAAUGAUAAUGCUCCUGAGUUGGCUCUUACUUCCCUGUCUCUCCCUAUCUCAGAGAAUGCUCAGCCGGGCACAGUCAUCACCUUGAUUAAUGUGUCUGACCGAGAUUCUGGAGCUAAUGGGGAGGUGAUCUGCUCACUAACACCCCAUGUCCCCUUCAAGCUGAUGUCCACCUUCAAGAACUACUAUUCGCUGGUGCUGGACAGCGCCUUGGAUCGAAAGACAUUGCACAGUUAUAAUAUUCUACAGAAAUAUACGAUGUUGGUCUACACACCCAGCAACCCAAAAGCUUUGCGCCUGCUUCUCUUGCUUCUGCUUCCCGCAGCCUGGAAGGCGGGGAGCGGCCAGCUCCACUACUCUGUCCCGGAGGAGGCCAAACACGGCACCUUCGUGGGCCGCAUCGCCCAGGACUUGGGGCUGGAACUGAUGGAGCUCGUACCGCGCCUGUUCCGAGUGGCGUCCACAGGUCACGGGGACCUUCUGGAGGUAAAUCUGCAGAAUGGCAUUUUGUUUGUGAAUUCUCGGAUCGACCGGGAGGAGCUGUGCGGGCGGAGCGCGGAGUGUAGCAUCCACCUGGAGGUGAUCGUGGACAGGCCGCUGCAGGUUUUCCAUGUGGAGGUGGAGGUGAAGGACAUUAACGACAACCCGCCGGUCUUCUCCGUCUCACAACAAAAGCUUUCAAUACCCGAAUCUCGACUGCUUGACUCUCGGUUUCCGCUAGAAGGCGCAUCUGAUGCGGACGUUGGAGAGAAUGCAGUGCUUACCUAUAGACUCAGUCCAAAUGAGUUUUUCAUUCUUGAUACUAUAAACAAAAAAGACAAAGGCAAAUUCCCAGUGCUUGUUCUAAGAAAAAUGCUGGAUCGUGAAGAAAACCCUCAGCUUCAAUUGUUAUUAACCGCAACUGAUGGAGGCAAACCGGAAUAUACUGGAUCGGUUACUUUGCUGAUCUUGGUGUUGGAUGCCAAUGAUAAUGAGCCUGUAUUUGACAGAUCCGUUUAUGAAGUAAAGAUGUAUGAAAAUUCAGCGAACCAAACGUUAGUAAUAUGGCUAAAUGCAUCUGAUGCAGAUGAAGGAAUAAACAAGGAAAUGAUAUAUUCAUUUAGUGCUUUGGUUCCACCCAGCAUAAGGAGUAAAUUUCUAAUGAACGAAAAAACGGGAGAAAUAAGAGUAAAUGAUGCAAUUGACUUUGAGGACAGUAACACUUAUGAAAUUCAUGUAGAUGUUACAGAUAAAGGAAACCCACCUAUGGUUGGUCACUGCACCGUACUAGUGGAAGUUCUGGAUGAAAAUGAUAAUUCACCUAUGGUGAUUAUCACUUCUCUGUCACUCCCGGUGCGAGAAGAUGCUCAGGUGGGAACUGUCAUUGCCCUUAUCAGCGUGUCCGACCGUGACUCUGGUGCCAACGGGCAAGUGACCUGCUCACUAACACCCCGUGUCCCCUUCAAGCUGGUGUCCACCUUCAAGAACUACUAUUCGCUGGUGCUGAAUUCUCAGAUCGACCGGGAAGAGCUGUGCGGGCGGAGCGCGGAGUGCAGCAUCCACCUGGAGGUGAUCGUGGACAGGCCGCUGCAGGUUUUCCAUGUGGAGGUGGAGGUGAAGGACAUUAACGACAAUCCGCCUGUAUUCCCAGCAACACAAAAAAAUUUGUUUAUUUCCGAAACAAGGGCUCUUGACUCGCAUUUUUCACUAGAGGGCGCCUCUGAUGCAGAUAUCGGGGCCAACGCUCUGCUGACUUACAAACUGAGCCCCAAUGAAUAUUUCUCUCUGGAAGUACCCACCAACGAUCAGGUAAAACCGCUCCAACUAGUACUAAAAAAACCCUUAGACAGGGAAGUCGCUUCAGAGCUUCUGUUGGUGCUCCAAGCAACUGAUGGGGGCAAACCUGAGCUGACAGGUAGCACAGAGUUACACAUCACAGUGCUGGAUGUAAAUGACAAUGCCCCAGUGUUUGACAAAGCAGUCCAUCGUGUAAAAUUACCGGAGAAUUCGAGAAACGGUACACUGGUUAUUAGACUUAACGCAUCGGAUUUGGAUGAAGGUUCAAACAGCCACAUUCUUUAUUCCUUUGCCGCUGAUGUCUCUUCUAAUACAGAAGAUUUUUUCCACAUUGAUUCGGCCAGUGGAGAAAUAAAAGUAAACGGAAAAAUAGAUUUUGAAGAAACUAAAUUAUGGAAACUUCAAGUAGAAGCAGUUGACAAAGGCCAUCCCCCCAUGUUUGGUCACUGCACAAUCUUGGUAGAAAUCUUGGACAUUAAUGAUAAUGCUCCAGAGUUGCUGGUGACGUCGCUAUUAUUGUCUGUUCCAGAGGAUGCUACACUGGGAACUGUCAUCGCCCUAAUCAGUGUAACUGACCGUGAUGCUGGUGAAAACGGGCAGGUGACCUGCUCACUAACACCCCGUGUCCCCUUCACGCUGGUGUCCACCUUCAAGAACUACUAUUCGCUGGUGCUGGACAGCGCCUUGGAUCGCGAGAGCGUGUCGAACUAUGAGCUGGUGGGCGCGCCCAAGACCGACCUCAUGGCCUUCAGUCCCAGUCUUCCGCCUGGUCUGAGUUCUACGGAGGAAACCGGUGAAAGAGAACCAGACAUAGAACAUUUGAAAGAGGGGUUCUGGGGGGUCCGGGAGCCCGGGACUAGCCCCGGACGGGAAGUUCCGCUGUCACACCGUGGCGAGAGAAGCCCAGCCCAGCUCAGCCCCAGUUACGCGCGGUCUUUAGGCGGCGGCUGUUCAGGUUAUGCCGAGGCCAGCCUUAGGGCGUUGUCCUUCCGUUCGUGGGAAGAUGGGUUAGCUUCUCCGAGCGUCUUCCGUGCCCCGCCCGGCGCCGGCCGCCAGGACUUCGGAGAGAUCCCUGCUAGCAGCGAGUGGAGACGGCGCCUCCCUAGCCCGAGCCGUUUACUCGUCUCUGCACCCCUAGGCGGCGCUGCGCUCCUCUGCACCCGCCAGCUCCGCUUUCCCAGAUGGCUGCCGCACCUCCAGUCCGGCGAGCGGAGCUUCCAGCCGGCCAGCCCCGGGCAACUCCAGUGCGUCCAGGCGGCCGAACGUCGGCGGUCUGGGCACCUCUAG